CUAGCAUGUUCUCUGAGAAGUUGCUUCGUGAUAUAAGAGCAAGGCACAACCUCCGUUCUCAUCUUGAGCCGUCCGUUUUCGACGCAACCAGCUUUCACACGCAGAGCACAUAAGUGACAUCCGCACCAAGUCAGACACCGUUCACACAUCAGCUUCAUCUCUGUCAUCCCCCACAGCCGCCCAUGCAGAGUACCCUCCGCACGGCCAUGUCCGGGACGCUGCGCCACGCCACCAUCAAGCUACACCGGUCGGCGGCCCGCGGGCACGCCAACCACGGCUGGCUCGACACCUACCACUCCUUCAGCUUCGCGGGCUGGUACAACCCGGACUUCACCCACUUCGGCGCCCUGCGCGUGCUCAACGAGGACCGCGUGCAGCCCGGCACGGGCUUCCCGGCGCACCCGCACCGCGACUUCGAGAUCUUCAGCUACAUCCUGUCGGGCGAGCUGACGCACACCGACUCGACCCACACCGGCGCCGGCAGCAGCAACAGCGAUAAGCCCGAGUCGGAGCUCUUCUGCCGCGUGCGCCGCGGCGACAUCCAGUUCACCACCGCCGGGUCGGGCGUGACGCACUCCGAGUUCAACCGGCACGCGCGCGAGCCCGUGCACUUCCUGCAGAUCUGGGCGAUCCCGUGGAAGCGCGGGCUCCCGCCGCGGUACGCGCGGGCCACGAGCAGCGACGCCGACAAGCGGCGCGGGUUCGUCAGCCUGCUGAGCCCGCUGCGCGGCGGCGCCGACGCCACCGCGGCGCAGGAGAGGGCCGCCGCGCCGAGCAUCCCCGGGACCAUCGCCAUCCACGCCGACUUCGUCAUGGCGGCCGGCAUCAUCGCGCCCGGAGCCAGGUUUGAGUGGACCGUCGGCGCUGAGGCGACCGAGGCUGUUCAGAGGAAGGUUUAUGUGCAUUUGCCCAUGACGAAAGGCGGGAAGGCGAAGAUUAGGUUGGACGGGAGAGAGGAGAGCGUCAUGAUGGAGGGGGACGGCGCAUUUGUCGAGGGCGUCAGCGCGGGAGAUAAGCUUGUGGUGGAGAGCGUGGGAGACGCCGAGGCAGAGGUGGUCGUUCUGGACACGGCGUGAUGUUAGCGAUUAGGUAUUUGUUUACUGUACAGAAAAAGAUAGUAAAUACACG